AUGAGGCUGGUAGAGAGCGUUGCUGUUUCACGCACUGAGCUGGCCAGCUCCACCUCAUAGCCAUCUUUGCAUUAUUUUGAAGCCCGGAAGCCCACAAUUGCAUUUGCAGUCCCACCACUAAACUCCACCACUUGCAGAUUCCCUUCUUUAAAAUAUGGUGCACUAAUUGAUUUCCUUGUAACUUUAGAACAUCUUGUCAUUAAUUUAUUGAUCUUCUUCAAUUUACCAAGGUGGGUGUUUUUUUUUUUUUUUUUUUGUGGGGGGGGGGGUUAGAGCAUAGGUGUACAAGCACUGCUGUUCUGAAAUUUGAAGAUAAUAGGUGUACAAGCCCUUUGGGUGCCUUUCUGCUCUUGCCUACCAAGUAUAAUUUUGUAUUCUUAACUAGUUUCAGCUACUCUCGGUUAGAUUUCACAAAAUAAUUCAUCAGUAAACCUGAAUUGAGCUUAGGUCUUGAGUUGCUUUUUCUGUUCCACUCAGAAGAAAUUAACUUUCCUCUGCAUCACGUAUUCCUGGAAAAAAGAGAGAGCAUAAAUUAGAUCCUCAGAAGGAGGAGGUUAUAUGUGUCAGCAGAAGUGCAAAAGACUUUGCAGUAGUAGUUUUAUUUCUUCGUCAAUGAAAUCAACAAUAAUGUCCAGUCCACGCGCGUUGUAACUUUAUUCCUUCCCUUGCUAAAUGAUAAGACACCAUUGCUUUUGUACGAUGCUGCAGUAGACACACCAUUUUCUUUAUCCGACCAAAGGACCCGCAGUUGAAAGAAGGUCUUCUUAAUAGCUUCAACGAUUUUGUAUUCUAAUUUCUAGGCAGGUGAGAAGCAGCUUCGUCUUUCCAACUCACGUUGCUGCCUAUCUUCCUGUCUUCAAUUUCCAUCAUGUUUCUUGCUUUAGUUUCUUCUAAUUUGUUAAUUCUUUCUUUUUCUUUUUGAUAAAUACUGCACCAUAUAGCAUCGAAGUUCAUCAGCUUAUGAAUCUAUAACCUCCUCUUCCUUCUUCCUUUCAAGAUAUUACCAAGUGGACUGUCCCAUAAACGAGAAACCGCCUUCCCCGCAUUCUUAAGUUAGAAAGAAAGACUGAAAAUGGCAGAAACAGUUCUCUCUUUUGUGCUGGAUCAACUCUCAACUUUUCUGCGCGAGGAGGGACCACUAUUGGGAGGGCUUCGGCAAGAGGUCCAAUUCAUCAGGGAUGAGUUGGGGCACAUGAGGGCUUUCCUGAGAGAGGCAGAAGCAAAAGAAGAAGACGCUCAACCCAGGCUCCAAGAAUGGAUCAAGCAAGUGCGAGAAGCUGCUUAUGACACUGUAAGACAUUCUUGAUGAAUUUGUAGCUCGCUUUGCUCGGCAUCGCGCAACAGGAUUCUACGGCUCUGUUCGGAGAAUUUUCAGCUCCAUCAAGAAUUUGAGAGCUCGUCAUCGAGUUGCUAGCGAAAUACAAAGCAUCAAGUCCAGAAUCAAAUGUAUUUCUGAAGGUCAUCAAAGAUACCAAUCCGAAUAUGGUAUCUCUGCCCAGGCGUCCAACUCAGUAUCUGCUGUGAACAACACAACCUGGCGCUAUAGCAGAGACGAUGCGCUGCUUGUGGAAGAAGCUAAAUUAGUUGGCAUUGACCAGCCCAAGAAACAUCUAAUUUCUCAGCUCCUCGAAGGGGAUGAUUACCAACUAAAAGUUGUUUCAGUGGUUGGUAUGGGAGGACUUGGCAAAACUACCCUAGUGAAAAAAGUCCAUGAGGAUCCUGAAGUCAGAAGGCAUUUCCCAGUUCGUGCUUGGGUAACUGUCUCUCAAACAUGCGAGUUUCAUGAUCUCCUGAAAGACUUGAUUCGACAGUUACACGAGGAAGGGAAGAAACCAGUCCCACAAUCGAUAGAGUCUAUGACUACCACUGAGCUGAAAAAAUUUGUCAAAAACUUUCUUCAACAAGCUGGAAGGUAUGCAAUUGUUUUUGACGAUGUAUGGGACGUGGAAUUUUGGAAUACCAUCAAAUUUGCACUGCCCGAGAGCUGCUGUGGCAACCGUGUCAUGCUAACAACUCGAAGAGCUGAUGUAGCCUCCGCCUCUUGCAUUGAAUCUCGGCGUUUUGUCUACAGAAUGGAGCCACUAUCUGUUGAGGAUUCAAGGACCCUGUUUUGCAACAAGAUCUUUAACGGUGGUACUUGCCCUGGCCAUUUGAUGGAUGUUGCCAAAGGUAUAUUGGAUAAAUGUGAGGGCUUGCCCCUUGCAAUCCUUGCAAUCAGUGGGCUUUUGGCUUCGAAAGAUGUAAACAGAAUAGACGAAUGGGAGAUGGUUCGACGUAGCCUUGGGUGUGAAUUAGAAGGCACGGGCAAGCUGGACAGAGUUAAAAAGAUACUUUCUCUCAGUUAUGGUGAUUUGCCUUGGCAUCUAAAGACGUGUCUGUUGUACACAAGUAUCUUCCCAGAGGAUUACGAAAUAGAAUGCGCAAGACUCGUUAAUUUGUGGAUUGCUGAAAGGUUUGUGGAAUGGAGGGAAGGAAUGAGUAUUGCAGAUGUAGCCUUGGGUUAUCUCAGUGAACUCGUCAAUAGAAACCUAAUUCAAGUGACUAAGGUGUUUUACGAAGGAAUGCCCAACACUUGUCGAAUCCAUGACCUGUUGAGAGAAGUUAUUCUUCUCAAGUCAAGGGAACAAAACUUGGUCACAGUUACUACUGGACAACCAACGAUGUGGCCGUCCGAUAAGGUACGCCGUCUUGUAGUCCAUAGUUGUAGCAGUAACAACACCCAGCACCACCAACAAGGACACAAUGAUUGCUUUGACCACCUUCAGUCGUUCGUUACUGUUGGAUCCACGAACCCACUACUGUCUAGAAGCUUGUUAUCUAAAGUUUCAGAGAGUAGUAAGUUAUUAAAGGUUUUGGAUUUGAGAGGUCAAGAGAUAUUGGAGGAAAUGCCAAAUGAGAUUUUCAAGAUGUUUCAUCUCAAGCAUCUGGACCUAUAUGGUACAAGAGUGGAGAGAGUCCCGAAAGCCAUUGGGAAGCUUCAACAUUUGGAGUAUCUGAAUUUGGGAAAUACUGGAGUUAGGGAAUUACCCAUGGAAAUCCUAAAGCUGCAAAAACUUCGGUAUCUCAGAGUAUAUCAACUAGUUGAUUCUUCAGAUGAUGAUUAUGGAUCUCACGGAUUCAAAGCUCCAUCUAAUAUGGGAGGGCUUCUUGCCCUUGAAAUAUUAGGUUACAUAGAUGCUAGUAGUGGAUCUACAAUAGUCAAGGAGAUAGGAAAGCUGACCCAAUUAAGAGAAUUACGUAUUACAAAGUUAAGAAGAGAAGAUGGAAAGGAGCUCUGCUCCUCCCUUGCCAAUCUCACCAGUCUUCGGGAAUUAAAUGUUGAUUCAAUUGGUAAAGAUGAUGAUCAUGAGAUAAUCGAUCUAAAUCAUCAUCAUCCUUCUCUUUCUUCUUCUUCUUCUUCUUUUCUUCAAUCUCUUCAUCUGCUGAUUUUGCGUGGCCGCUUAGAAAAGAUGCCACAAUGGAUAGCUCGUCUUCACGGCUUGGUAAGAAUAGAUUUGAAUUGGAGCAGGUUGAGGGGUGAGGAGGAUCCGCUUGAAUCCCUCCAACAUUUGCCCAAUUUGGUUAGUAUUAAUUUCUGUGGAUCUUACCAGGGAGAAGGGUUGUGUUUCAAGACUGGAGGGUUCCUAAUGCUGAAGAGGUUGCACCUAAAGAGAAUGGAAGGGUUGAGAUGGAUGAGAGUGGAGGAGGGUGCAUUGGCUCGUCUCCAGACGCUAUUUCUGGAACAACUUCCAUUACUAGAGGAGUUGCCAUUGGGUAUUCAACACUUGAGCCAUCUUCAACGGCUGGGUUUGUAUGAGAUGAGCUCUCAAUUGAGAGAGAAGCUGUUAGAGAAUCAGAAGGAAGAAAGUGAAGAUUACAGAAGAAUCGCACACAUUCCUGAAAUUCUCAUUGGUUACUAUACAGAUGAUAGGAAAUGGAGACACCGCAGCCUGCGGGCGGAGAAGAAGAAAACAUAAUCUUUCCACUGCUUCCUCUCCUUUUGUUUUUUAUUUUUUUCUUAAUUUUUCUUCCCUGCGACGUCAUCUUCUCUGUCUUAACUUAUUCUUUAUUGUAUGUAUCGUGUAUAAUGCGUGAUGUUGUUAAUGUACUGUAAUUGUAUUACUUUUUAUUUUUGUGUU